AUGGACUUCACGGUCAAGAUUCCCCCCCACCACGAGCCUCAGGUGCUGCUGCCAGGGAAUCACCAGCUCGAAACAUGGGAAAAGUGGCUCGAGGUGUCGCGCGCCUCGGCCUAUUGCAUCGGCUCGCUGCUGUUUCUGCUCGGCUCCAUCUUCUUCUACCCGGAGUACGCGGCCAAGUGGAAUGGCAACGCCGUCCUGUUUGCCAGUUGGGGCUUCGUGGUCGGCUGUCUCUACUUCUUCGCAGGCGCCAACCUCGACUUCAUCCAGAGCAUCCGCUACAACCACGGCACGCAACUGCGCCAAGUGCUCCGCGCGUUCACCGCGUUGUGCAACUACAUGGCCGCAUCCAUCUUCGUCCUGGGCGCGCUCUACUUCCUCCCUUCCUGGUAUCCGAGAUCCCCGGAGCUCGGGUGCUGGGCCUUCAUCAACGGGUGUGUCCUGUUCUGCAUCGGCGCGAUUGUCGAGAUCCUCUUCAUCUGCACGACCCACGAGGACCCGCGCGUUUCAGGCUUCAGGAUCACGAACGCCUUGUGUUGGGGGACGGUGGCGGCGCUCAGUACUCUCGCCGGCUCCGUGUUCUUCAUCGUCGGUAGCUGGUACUACCUGCCCGAGUACAUCAACCGCGCGGACGACGGCACGCACUACAUGAACACGGCCAUCACGUCCUACGUCCUCGGCAGCGUCUGCUUCGUCGUCAAUAGCUGCGUCUUGGCUCUCGGCGUGUACCGCAGCGUCACCACGACGAAAGAUGACAAGCUUCGACGUCCAUCAGGCAAAUGCCUCGAGUCCGAUGGGGGGACAAGCGCCUCCACCUCGAUAGACAUUUAG